UCUGAUUCCAUCUACCUAUCCAUCCAUUCAUCCUUCCAAUUAUUCAUCAAUUAUUUAUAAAGCGUCUGCUAUGUGAUAAGUACUCUUCUGGGGCCGAGCAUUCAGUGGGGGAACAAAACAGACAACUUACAUUCCAGUGGACAAAGGCAAAAUAAAUAAAAGUGUGAAAUAGAGAGUAUAUUUGAGUUUAUUCUACAGUGAUAAGAGUGAUGUGGUGAUAAAGUAAACUCCUUUGUUAAGAAAAAAGCAGGGAAGGGAAUUGUGGAAUUGUGUGUGUGUGUGUGUGUGUUUAUAGAUACUGUAUAGAUACUGUAGUCAGAAAGGGCCUCAUCAAGAAGGGGAUAAAAGACCUGAAGGGAGGCAUUCCACGUGUACGAAGUGUGAUUGAGGUAGAGGAAAUAGCAUGUGUAAAGCAUAGGGCAGGAAAGUGCUUGGUGUGUUUCAGGAACCAUAAGGAGGCCAGUGUUGCUGGCAUAGAAUAAGUAAAGUGGAGAGUAUUAGGAAGUGAGGUCAGUGAGAUAAUAUGGGGCAAAAUUAUAUAGGGAUUUAUGGGCUGCUGAGAAAUAGGGUUUGGAGCAGAAGAGAGACAUGGGAUCUGAUUUAUCUUUUAAUGGGAUCAUUCUGUCUACUGUGUUGAGAACAGACUGAAGGGAAGCAGGGGUGAAAUCGAGGAGACUGAUUAGAAAGCAGUUGGUAACAUUCUAGGCAAGAUGAUGGUGACUUAGUCCAGGGUGGCACCAGUAGAGGUUGUAAGAUGUGGUUGGAUUUGCUGGAUUAUUUUGGUGGGGAGAGUGAGAGAAAGUGAACUGUCAUGGGUGAUUUCAAGGUUUUUUACCAGAGCACCUAGAAGAAUGGGGUUUACUGAGAUGGAGGAAGACUGUGAGAGGAGCAGGUUUGAAGAAGGUCUGUGUAUGAUGACCAACCAAAUGCACACAAGAAGUUUAUGGAAAAGUUAGAUGCUUGUAUCCGUAAUCAUGACAAGGAAAUUGAAAAGAUGUGUAAUUUUCAUCAUCAGGGUUUUGUAGAUGCUAUUACAGAGCUCCUUAAAGUAAGGACUGAUGCAGAAAAACUGAAGGUGCAAGUUACUGAUACCAACCGAAGAUUUCAAGAUGCUGGAAAGGAGGUGAUAGUCCAAACAGAAGAUAUUAUUCGAUGUAGAAUUCAGCAGAGGAACAUUACAACGGUAGUAGAAAAAUUGCAGUUGUGCCUUCCAGUGCUGGAAAUGUACAGUAAGCUAAAAGAACAGAUGAGUGCAAAAAGGAUUUUUCCAUGUUCAGGAUGGUCUGGACCUCUUCUGGCGGUUUGCUCUAGGCGUCCUCUCCUCAAGGCGCACCGCUGUGACCUGCAGACCUGCAGACUUCCUUCUGCUCUUCCCCUCAACCAAAGGGCAGGAGGCAGACCGUGUCUGGACAGGUAUUAUUCUGCUCUAAAAACUAUGGAACAAUUAGAGAAUGUUUUUUUUCCCCGAGUUAGUCAAUACCGGUUUUGUCAGCUAAUGAUAGAAAAUCUUCCUAAACUCCGUGAGGAUAUUAAAGAAAUCUCCAUGUCUGAUCUCAAAGACUUUUUGGAAAGCAUUCGAAAACAUUCUGACAAAAUAGGUGAAACAGCAAUGAAACAGGCACAACAGCAGAAGAUCUUCAGUGUUGCUCUACAGAAGCAAAAUAAUGUAAAAUUUGGGAAGAAUGUGUACAUAAAUGAUAGAAUUCCAGAAGAAAGGAAUGAAGUUGAAUUGAAAUGUGGAUUUGAGGAAGAGGAUGAGAAUGAAGAGGAGGUCUUAACUGUUCAGGAUCUGGUUGAUUUUUCCCCUGUUUACCGAUGUUUGCACAUUUAUUCUGUUUUGGGUGAUGAAGAAACAUUUGAAAAUUAUUACCGAAAACAAAGAAAGAAACAAGCAAGACUUGUAUUGCAACCCCAGUCAAAUAUGCAUGAAACAGUUGAUGGCUAUAGAAGAUAUUUCACUCAAAUUGUAGGGUUCUUUGUGGUGGAAGAUCACAUUUUACAUGUGACCCAAGGAUUAGUAACCAGGGCAUACACUGAUGAACUUUGGAACAUGGCCCUCUCAAAGAUAAUUGCUGUCCUUAGAGCUCAUUCAUCUUACUGUACUGAUCCUGAUCUUGUUCUGGAGCUGAAGAAUCUCAUUGUAAUAUUUGCAGAUACUUUGCAGGGUUAUGGUUUUCCAGUGAACCGACUUUUUGACCUUUUAUUUGAAAUAAGAGAUCAAUACAAUGAAACACUUCUUAAGAAAUGGGCUGGAGUUUUCAGGGACAUUUUUGAAGAAGAUAAUUAUAGCCCCAUCCCUAUUGUUAAUGAAGAAGAAUAUAAAGUAGUCAUCAGUAAAUUUCCCUUUCAAGAUCCAGACCUUGAAAAGCAAUCUUUCCCAAAGAAAUUUCCCAUGUCUCAGUCAGUGCCUCAUAUUUACAUUCAAGUUAAAGAAUUUAUUUAUGCUAGCCUUAAAUUUUCAGAGUCACUUCACCGGAGCUCAACAGAAAUAGAUGAUAUGCUUAGAAAAUCUACAAAUCUGCUGCUGACCAGAACUUUGAGUAGCUGUUUACUGAACCUUAUUAGAAAACCUCAUAUAGGUUUGACAGAGCUAGUGCAGAUCAUCAUAAACACAACACACUUGGAACAAGCUUGCAAAUACCUUGAGGACUUUAUAACUAACAUUACAAACAUUUCUCAAGAGACUGUUCAUACCACAAGACUUUAUGGACUUUCUACUUUUAAGGAUGCCCGGCAUGCAGCAGAAGGAGAAAUAUAUACCAAGCUUAAUCAAAAAAUUGAUGCAUUUGUUCAGCUUGCUGAUUAUGACUGGACAAUGUCUGAGCCAGAUGGAAGAGCUAGUGGUUAUUUAAUGGAUCUUAUUAAUUUUUUGAGAAGCAUCUUUCAAGUGUUUACUCAUUUGCCUGGGAAGGUUGCCCAGACUGCUUGCAUGUCAGCCUGCCAGCAUCUGUCAACAUCCUUAAUGCAGAUGCUGUUGGACAGUGAGUUAAAACAGAUAAGCAUGGGAGCCGUCCAGCAAUUUAACUUAGAUGUCAUACAGUGUGAAUUGUUUGCCAGCUCUGAGCCUGUGCCGGGGCUCCAGGGGGACACCCUGCAGCUAGCAUUCAUUGACCUCAGACAACUCCUUGACCUGUUUAUGGUUUGGGAUUGGUCUACUUAUCUAGCUGAUUAUGGACAGCCAGCUUCUAAGUACCUUCGGGUGAAUCCAAACACAGCUCUUACUCUUUUGGAGAAGAUGAAGGAUACUAGCAAAAAGAACAAUAUAUUUGCUCAGUUCAGGAAGAAUGAUCGAGACAAACAGAAGUUGAUAGAGACAGUCGUGAAACAGCUGAGAAGUUUGGUGAAUGGUAUGUCCCAGCACACAUAGACUUGGAUU